UUGACGAAAAAGCGUUGUUGCUCAUUUUUGGCUUAUUGGCAAAUCAGUUUCGAAAUAAAGGACGCGAAUCCUGGCGAGCAACGGCCAGCUGGGAGCCGCCACCAUGCUCAAGUCCCUCAAGCCGGACACAUACGCCGGCAUGGCGAAUGCCAAGUGCGGCGAGAUCUACUUCCAGAGCCUGCACAGCUUCCGCAUCGACUGCGCCUUCUGCGAGAUGAAGAGCUUUGUCUUUGACGACUUUCUGCUCCACGUCCAGAACGUGCACUUCGAGAACGGGCUGCUCAAGACGGAGGUGGAGGCCGAACUAAAGCAGGAACGGGACCAGGGCUCGCCGGUGCCAAUAGUAGCGCAGGUGAAUCCCUUUGCCUGGUACGAGAUUGGCGGCCACCGCGACGACGACGACGACGACGGUGACAGCGAGGACGACGAGGCGGCCCUGCCGGCGGGAUUGGACGAGGAGGACGAGCGGCCGGGCCAGGCCAUCAUGAAUUGGGAUAACUCUGGCCAGCUGGCCGGCAGCGAGUCCCUGCGACAGGUGAGGGCUCUGAAGGUGGACUACAAGGAGGAGGACUCCGAGUGCGGCCUGGAACUGGACCACGAAAGAGACAGGGAUAUAGAUCCAACGGACUCACUGUGUAGCGUGAUCCAGUCCCAUUCCCGCCACGGCUGCCCGCACUGCUCGAAGAGCUACCAGAGCCGCAAAACCCUGGAGCGUCACCUGCUGCGCCAGCACAAGGAGGUCACUGCUGCCACAGAGGAUGGCGACAGCGAGGAUGCCGACUACGAGCCGCCCAAGGAGAAGGCCGGUUCCGGGAGUGGGUCGCUAGAGUACAAGUGCGAGCACUGUGACAAGGUCUACCACGGCAAGUACAGCCUGCGACAGCACCUGAAGCGGGAGCACAGCAACGACAACAACGACGGAGAUGGUGGCACCGGCGGCCCGUUCACCUGCCUGGAAUGCGAAGCGGAGCUGCCGCGCCUGCGUCUCCUGGACGAGCACAUGGUACAGGCGCACGGCGGUGCCGCGUGCGUGGUAUGCGGCCGCCGCUACAAGACGCGUCACGAGCUGAAGCGUCACCAGCUGAAGCAUACCAGCGAACGCAACGUGCCCUGUCCGCAUCCUGGCUGCGGCAAGCGCUUCUUCACCGUCCGCCACAUGCGAAACCACGGCAAGGUGCACACCGAGCAGAAGAACUUUGUCUGCGAGAGCUGCGGCUAUAGCUGCCGGAACAAGGAGACGUUGCGUGUCCACAUCCGAAGUCACACAGGUGAGCGGCCCUUUGGGUGUCAGGUGUGCGACAAGCGGUUCCCCUCCCACUCUGGUCUCAGGGAGCACAUGGCCAUGCAUUCCACGGAGCGGCCGCAUGUGUGUGGCGUUUGCGGUGCCACCUUUUCACGGCAGAAGGGUCUCUAUCACCACAAGUUCCUUCACGCGGACACCAAGCAGUUUGUGUGCAAGCUCUGCGGGAAUGCGUACGCCCAGGCGGCUGGACUCGCUGGACACAUGCGGAAGCAUCGCAACGACGAGCUGCACGGAUAGGGGAUAGUUAAUAGUGAAUCGUGAAUAGUGGCUGGAGAAGUGGUAGUAGGAACAAUAGUUUAAGCCGUACAUGGUACGUUUUGUAUCUUCCAAUUCCUUUGAUUUUAGGCUUAAGAACUCAGGCAUAGGCUAUAGGAGACACCACCAAAGGUGUAUAAUUAUUGAUUUCUUAUAUAUACAUACAUAUAUAUAUAUUUUCUUGUUUUUAAUACGCCGUAUAAGAGAAGGGGAAAUACGGGUUAAGUAUACAGUCUUCCGCUUUAAUUUCAUAAACGAUUUCGAAUGUUUGUUGUGGUAAAGGAUCAAAAAGAUAGAUUAAGCUUCCAAAUCGAGAAACAGUGCUUCCCUUGGUAUCUUUUACUUGCAAAUAUUCAAGUUCAUUUUGUAUAUAUUAACAAGUUAACUCUGUAACCAUAAAACUUUGUGGGAUUUAAUUGUAAUCAAGACAAGCGGAUGUGGCUAACAAAUGGUGAACCCUUUUUUGUAUUGAUCGAAAAUAUAUAACAGAAUCUGAUUCACAAAGAAAGAGCUGCAUCA